UAGAGCCUGGCAGUGGAGCGGUGGAGGUAUAGAUAGCAAGCCGUGGCACUGGCCUCUCAUUUCCCCCAUCACAUACACGGCUGUUUCUAAGAUGUGUGAAUAGAUGUGAACAGCCGGAACUCAAGUGACGCCCAAACAACAUAGGGGACCCCGGGUAGCGUGCGAGGCCUAUAGCCAAAGCGAACCUUGUGGAGGGAUAGUCCAAAUUGACCGCCAGGUUAGUCGUAGAGUAUUGGAGACUGACUCAACGCUCAGGUGAUCAAUACAACCAAACACGAUGACCACAGGCUACCGAUUGGGCAGGAUCACCAUCAAAUGACCACACGAUGUGAUAAUCAAAUAGCCCGGUCCCUACUUGUCUGAGCAGGCGAACAAGUCUCGGGUACUGUCCACGAUUUGACCGUCUCUACCCUGCAGACCUCCCUCCAACUGACAUUCAGCCACAGCAGAGGCAUCACGGAGGCUGUCUGCAGACCGGUCGGCCAAUGAAAUCCUGCUGGGGCUGAGAGAGUAGAGAAGUGCCAGCCCCCUGUCCCGACCCCCUCCCUCCCCUGUGCCGGCGCCCCCCAGGCCAACCCCGCCAGCCAGCGCCUCAACAGUCGCCCCCAGACCAAGGAGACUAGAGAUAGCGCCCAUUGCAGCCGUCAAUACACUCCAACAUAGGACUGAAUAGAGCGAAAUCUACAAUCAAAGAUGAAUAUUUGAUAGCGUUCUAUCUUGUGUAAGACUGAUCAGAGCUGAAUGAAGAGCUCCCACCAUGCAGGGACCACAGGAGCAGCAGCAACUACCCCACGUCUGCGGCAGGAUGCGCUACUUCUUCAUCCUCCUUAUUGUGUAUUCCAUCGCAUCCCAUGCAGCCUCCAGCUCCGACAUGGAAUCCGUGAAGAUCGCCUCAAAGGAGAAGCAGCUUGUCAAGAAGCUUCUGGACAUCUACAAGAAACAGGGCAAGGAAGGGCGGCCGGUCGUCAACACCUCCGACAGUAUCCACGUCCUCUUCGGCCUCUCACUCAUACAGAUCCUCGACGUUGAUGAAAAGAACCAGAUAUUGAAGACAAACAUAUGGUAUCAAUAUGAGUGGCAGGACGUUCUGUUGGCGUGGAAGAAGGAGGAAUACGACAACAUAACCGACAUCCGCAUCCCAUCUGACAAGAUCUGGCUUCCCGACAUCCUGUUAUAUAAUUUGGGUGCUGAUGACCGUCUGAAGGAGCAGCGUGAUGCCCUGGUUGUGGUGUACCCGGAUGGAAACCUUCUGUGGAUGCCUCAGGCAAUCAUCCGAUCAUCUUGUAACUUCGAUACCAAGUACUUUCCUUUCGACGAACAAACAUGCACGCUCAAGUUCGGGUCCUGGACAUACAAUGGCCUGAAACUGGACAUCCAUUUCACCCGCAACACAACGUCCAUGGAUCUAACAGACUAUAUUCCCAGCAACGAGUGGUUUAUCAUCCAGAACGAGGCCGUCCGAAACGUCAAGCAUUACGCGUGUUGUACAGAGCCGUACCCUGACCUCACAUUCAAACUACGAAUACGCCGGAAGGUGGCGUUCUACACAUUUAUCCUUAUCCUGCCAUGCGCACUACUCUCCUUGCUCACGCUGGUCAUCUUCUGGGUGCCUCCAGAAUCUCCUGCUAAACUCAUUCUUGGAAUGAACAUUUUUCUCGCAUUCUUCGUGCUACUGCUGCUUCUGGCCGACUCGACGCCGAAAGCUGCAGCAUCUAUACCCCUUAUAGGAACAUUUUUCUGCUUGAACAUGACGCUGAUCACGCUGUCGACAGUGCUGUCGUGCAUGGUGGCCAAUAUGUUCUUCAGGGGAGUCAGAAUCAAUCGAGCUCCACGAUGGCUCCGUGUGUUCAUGAUCGACGUGGUGGCUAGGGGUUUGUGUCUGCGGAACAAGAUUGUCGAACCAGACUACAGUCCAUUCACACCCAAAAAAUCUUGGAACACGGGCAGAGUUGGAGGCGAAGCGCGGGGCCAGUACCCAUAUACAGACAUCCGCUUUGCGCAGGUGCGUCUCCUUGACAACGGCGUUGAGGGCAGCAAAAACCAGACAGAAAAUGGCGGUGAUGCGGGCAGCUACCAGUCGGCAGACGACACGGGCAGGGCUGGGAUGGCAUCAGGGCCUCUCCUGGACGAGAUUAAAGCUAUUAGAGAUAUCCUGGAAAAAGUGAGGGACAAGAAAGCCAAAAUGGAGGAAAAAGAGAAAUAUGUUCGCGAGUGGAGAGUUAUCGCGUGUGUGACAGACAGAAUGAUCUUCAUAUUUUAUCUGUCCGUCAAUAUUGUCGGCUUAGGGGUGAUAUUCCUCGGUCAGCUGCAGACUCAAGACACCGCUAUGAUGGAGUGAAGUCAGUCGGUGUCCACUAUGUGUCCAUCAGAUGAACUAACGAUAUAUUGCUGCUAGUAACGAGGGCGCGACUGUGUAUAUAAGACUAGGGCCACCCUGGGUGGCACGUUGUACAUACUGACAAGCCUAGAGGACCAACUCGACGCUGACCUUGAACUUUUGAAGGACAGUUGCAAUUCAUGACGUAAGAGCUUUAAUCAAUGAUACUGUAUAUAGAACCGAAGGAAAAUAGUGUAGGUGAGGAUAGAGCGGAACGGUUUGAAGUUAGGUGACCGUUGUCGUGGUCGGCCGAUAUUUGGUACAGAAUGAACAUUCCACUACAGACUGUUGACUGUUUGAGGGAUAUCUCCUCCCAGAGACAUCGAAUACUAUGAACAACGCUGUGAAUCUUUCCACUCUCAAGGCACAGAUUGACUGUGCAGGUGUUACUGCUGCCGUCAUCCGGGGCUGCAAUUUUGGACCCAACGUGUGCACCAGCUUCACGUCGCCACAACCAACCUGCGGCUCACUUGACAAAUAAUUAGCCACCUAAUAUCGUCACUCAGCCACAGAUAGGUAGCCUGUCAAUACUCGUCAUUCGCUGUAAAAUUGUGGAUCGUCAUUCACUGUUAACCGGUCAUUCCUGACAGAUUGUUAGCUAUGCAGAUGAGUCAAUCAUCGCAAGCACCUGCCACAGCAGAGUAGAGAGAUGCUAAUUGUCUCUAUCCAGGAAAUGCCUUCUGCUGCCUAACUCGGUGUAAAUGACAUAUUUUCCAUACCCAGUGGAGCAUGUGUCUCCAGGGAAAGAUUACGUUAGUAUUAUGCUAGUGUUUCUCGAGGAAAGAUAAGCGUGGUAUUAAGCUAGUGAUUGUCAAGGGAUAGAUAAGCGUGGUAUUAAGCUAGUGAUUGUCAAGGAAUAGAUAACAACAGUGUUAUGUUGACGUGUCCCCGAAAGACGAGAACUGCUAAUAUUACGUUUGUGUUUCUCUCGAGAAAGAUGAGAGUGACAACACAUUGUUUAUGUUGACAGAAGGCAACAGAAGGCUCACCAUCCAGCUGUAUAUAUGUAAGUUGUGUAUAGUUUUCAGCAUAUACACUGGUGUGUUUCAA